AAUCAGACAGUAGACAAAGAGUUCUCGGUUUUAAAGCACUUUUUCAAAAUUUGAAAGCUAUGCGGGUGAGUUGUUUGCAGUGCAGGUCGGGAGAUUUGGUUGCUGUCUAUGUUCACUUUUACUUAAGUGAAUUAUUUCUUUCAGAAUAAUAAUAGACAGCUCGAUAAAAUUGCGAAAAGGCGGGCAGCAGACACGAAAUACCCUAGGUUGUUUGGCUGUUCCCGAUCAACCUAUUACAGAAGGUUGAGGAAAAUAAAAGCACAGUUUAUAAAGAAGUGUCAGUUACCGAGCUGUGACGAAGAGACAGACAAUCCAGUUGUCACAGAAUCGCGUACUACCGUAGCUACAGAGCAGUGGGCUAAUAUUGUCACAGAUACAGCUACUACUUCAUGUAGUCACGUCCAGUGUUCAGACAACACAAUCAACGAAAUGUCCCCAGCCAUUCAUCUUUCGGUGAAAGACGAGUUAGACAAAAUGGUCAUUGAAAUGAUGAAAGGUGGUUAUAUAAGCAUAAAGAAGGCUGAUCAAAUACUGGACAUUUUUGCCCCGAUGGAAUUUCCAGUUGUCAACAUUUCAACAGGAACGUUUUCUCCGAUUGCGAGUUCAUCGAAAGCUGACGUAUCAUCACCACUUCCACGUACGUCGACGGAAGUUGAUAAACCUUUGUGCGAUGAUACAAACAAAAUGUUAAGAACGCUCCUGAAAUCGGUCAGUGAGCUGUCUACGAAAAUAGACAAAAUCCUAUUUUUGUGUGAACGCUUAGCCAUGAGUGUAAUCGACAGGCGUACAGAGGAAAUGGAUAGUGAUACUAUACAUUUCCCAUUAAGAACGCAUGAGGAGUUGCGUUCUUUAGAGGCAGCUUUAGAAAACCAAAAAUACCGAGAUCAUUUCGUGGCAAGGUUAUGCAACCUAAUGUGUGAGAAUACUCGGAAAUCAGCUAAAGCUUGUCUUCAAUACCUCCUGUCGCCAGAACUCGCGAACACUUACACUUUGCACGGAACCAGAAGUAAAUUUGGUAUUAGUAAGUACAAAUUUUACUCGACGGUUCAAAGUGCUUUGUGUUCACAUUUCCGAAGUGCAAGCUGCCCGGAGAAGGAAAUUAUACACGCCAUGGCUGCAGCAAGCCAAGCCUUCUUGCAUGACGCAAGAGAUAAAGUACAUAAACGUGGAUGGCGAUCCAAAGAAAGGCUGGCUUCGCAGGCUUUAUCAGACGUUACUAACAUUAUCAAUGACACUUCUACGUCUACGUAAGGUGUUGCUGUUACAACGCAAUGAGAAACUUUGUAUAAAUGAUUCAUCUGUAAUUUUAUCAACUGUAAUAAACAUUUAUGUAUUUCAU